AUGGACCUAUGUUGGCACGAAGAUCCCGUAUAUGAGAGUGAUGGUCCUGGUCAUGGUUGCUGUAAGGGGUGCAAUGAGAGGUUCAAAAGAUCAGAUCCAUUAUAUGAAUGCUUCACUUGCGACGGCGAAUGGCAUUCCUCUUGCGUUCCAAGCUCACCGGAGGAUCUUUACCACCCGUGCCACCCAAGCCAUCCCCUCAAGAUUCUCCUCCAAGGGCCAAGUAGCUACGAUGACGGGAAAUGCAACCUGUGUCAACGGAAACUCUCCACCUUUCUUUACCAUUGCAAGCUAUGCGAUUUCAGCUUAGAUAUGGGUUGCGCAAAGAACCCGCCUCCUUUCGUAGUGGAUCAUCCAAAGUGUCACGAGCAUUCACUCACCCUCAUGGCGAGAGACGUGUCUUUCACGUGUAACGCUUGUGGUACGCAUGGUGAACGAAACCCUUACGUAUGUCUUCCAUGCGCUCUCAUGUUUCAUUACGAUUGCAUUGACCUACCACACGUCAUUAACAUCAACCGACAUGAACAUCGCAUAUCUUAUGCCUCUCCAAUACGUCCUGGCUUUCAUGUAUGUGAGAUCUGCCGUCAAGAUAUCAACUGGAGGUACGGAGCUUAUUCAUGCAGCGAAUGCCAAGUUUUUUUCGUUCACUCCUCAUGUGCAACUAGAAAAGACGUGUGGGAUGGGGUUGAACUCGAAGGGACAGAUGAGGAAGAAGUAGACACAACGCCUUUCGAGGAGAUCGAGGAAGGAGUAAUAAAUCACUUCUCCCAUGAGGAACACAACUUAAUACUUAUUGAGGAUGUUCUCAUUGAUGGUGGUGGUGAAGGCAUACAUUGUGAAGCUUGCUCCCAUUCGAUCUCUUUCGAGAGAUACUACAAGUGCAUGAUGGAGUGCGAUUUCAUGCUUCAUGAAGAAUGUGCUAACCUUCCUCUUCAGAAACGACACGCACUUUCCACACAUAUACUUUCUAUCUCAACCAGUAAGGACAACGACAAUUUGUUGUUCAACUGUGCUGCUUGUGGUAGACUUGGAACAGGUUUUAGAUAUUAUGAUGGUGAGGAUAUAGUGUUAGAUGUGCAUUGUGCGUCUCUCUUUUGGUUCCGGCACAGAAAACUUCACCCCCACACAUUGUUCCUCACCACAUUAGACCGUGGCACUUGUGUUGGUUGCGACAAGACUAAAACAUAUGUGCUCGGUUGCAUAGAAUGUGAGUAUUCAUUAGAUUUCCAAUGCGCUACUCUACCAGUGGUGAUUAAGCACAAGUGUGACGACCAUUAUUUAUUCUUGCGUUGUGGUGAGGAGAAGAAGGAUAGUACUGGUAGAUAUUGGUGUGAGAUAUGUGAAGCCGAAACAAAUCCUGAGAAGUGGUUCUUUUCAUGCUAUGACUGUGGGGUUGUGUGCCAUAUUGAUUGCGUGAUCGGAGACUCGUUGAACAUCAAGCCAGGAGUCUCAUACAUGAACGAGAUGAAGAUAGAAACGGUGGUCAACGAUCACAACUCUAGACCACUGUGCUCAAGUUGUGGCUCUCGUUGUAAGUACCCUAUGGUUUACAAAUAUUCUCGAGAAAAUAUUGAGGGCUACUAUUGCUCCUUAUAUUGUACUUGGGAGCGUAAUGAAUAA